UUCUGUGAUUGAAUACUGGAGUUGUUGUCAUUUUUAUUUACUGUUGCGAAUAUCAGAACCAGGACUAAUAUAAUUAAAUAUCUGUUAUAAAAUUAAAUUGAUUCAAAUUAUUAGCCAUGAGUUGUUUCGACAAUAUGAGUAUGCCAAGCUGUGUUUGGUUCGAAAGUGGCGAAAAACGUAACAUCCUUGCGUCGAUAUUCGCUGGUUUACUGUUCUUCACCGGUUGGUGGUUUAUUAUUGAUGCUGCAUCAGUGUAUAAAAGUGAACUCCCCGGUGCAGCUCAUGUUUGCGGAGUUAUGGCAACACUUUCACUACUGAUGGUUAACUCGGUGUCUAAUGCACAGGUUCGUGGUGAAACCUACACCGGUGGGUGUAUGGGACCUCGUGGAGCGAGACUAUGGUUGUUCCUUGGCUUUGUAGUCGGCUUUGCUUCAUUGAUAGCGGCCUGCUGGAUACUAUUUGCAAACUAUGUUAAUGCUGGUAGCAACAAACACACCUGGCCUGGUGUAAGUCUAUUUAUGCAAAAUGCAUUCAUAUUUGCUGGAUCUUUAGUUUUUAAAUUUGGUCGCACCGAAGAUGUCUGGGGUUGAUUAUUUGUUUGUUUGUUGUUAAGAUCAUAAUAGCUUAAAUAAUACCUUUGAUAAUGUAACUGUAAACAUUUUGUAUGAGAUAUUUAUAACAAUUGUAUGUUAAAGAGUAUUAUAAAAUAUUUUCUCUCAUGAUUACUUAUAAAUCUAUAAUAAUUUUUUUGUCCUUUUCAUCGUAGAGUAUUUUGUAGACCAUCUAUAUAUAAAUUUAAAUUGAUUUCAUUAGUUUUUUUAAAUAAAACCAUUUUCAUUUAUUUAUUUGUUAUAUUUACAUAGAAGAUACAGUAAAUCUAAAACUAUUGUGUGAAUUCCUUAAUUAUAAUGAAAAUUCAUGUCGGCAAUGACUCCAUCACAAUGGAGUUUUUCAAAAACAGCUAAAUAAAUAUAAUUGGAUUAAUAAAUAACUAUUGCUUUAGUAUAAAUUUAUACUAGAAAAGAAAUAAUAAUAAAAAAAUAUUGAGCA